AUGGAGGACGAAUUUGAUGUUGACAUCGAGGGAGAUGACUUUGACGGUAGCGCCGGCCUGGUGGAGGCGGGAGCCCUGGCGUCGGAGCAGCUGUCGCAGCCCGCGGACAGGAGCAGCUCCUGGAUGCUGCCCUGGGAACUUGACAGCUCCAUCAGUCCCGAGAACAGAGAGGCGAUAGAGAGGAUGCUCCUGGAGGAACAGUAUCCUUUUAACUGCCGCAGGAGAAACGCUUUGCUGUCAAAGUCUCCGGCUAAAAGCUCUGCCUCUGCAUCAUCAUCUCGUUGGUCCAAACAGGAGAAAGAGCUCUUUGAGGAAGGCCUGGCCAAGUUUGGCCGACGAUGGACAAAGGUCGCCAAGCUGGUGGGCAGCCGUACCGUCCUUCAAGUCAAAAGUUAUGCCAGGCAGCACUUCAAGAACAAGAGCAACUCAGAGCCCAGAGCUGCAGCUCCAUCUGGUGGCGGGCUGCUGCCCCUGCAGCCUGCCCUGCCCGCGCCCGGCGCUGUCCCCACCGCGGCCAACACCGUCCGCAUAGAGCGGCUGUCCGAUGACGAGGAUGUAGACAUCACAGACGACCCCAGCGAGGAAGGCGAAGGGGCAGGGGAUGGAACGCGUGCUGGAGCCAAGGCUGAGCGCUCUGAUCCCGAUGAGCAAACUCUGACCGGCGGGAGAGCAGAGAGCCCCUCGGAGUGGGAGAAAGACGCACAUGUGGGAGAAGAAGAGACGCUGGACGACACAAAUGAUCAGCCCCCCCUGAGCCCUGAGCAAAGCCCGGGACGUUCAAUGUCUUCCGUCGUCACGCCUGAAGAAUCGGAGCUGAACAGACGAGACGAGGAAGCCGGCAAGGCAGAGUCUGCUUUCUCAAACAAUCCCCAGACACCAGACCCACAAGACCCACAAGACCCAAGCUCCCGGCAGACAGACCAGCCGGAUGAAGCCACUUAUCCCGAUACAGGCCGAGGGGAGACGGAGGACGACGAUGACGAUGAGGAGGAGGAGGAGCUCAAGGCCCCGGAGCAAGAGAUCGAGAUGGACACAGAAGCCAUCACCGAGGACGAGAAACAGGCCAUCCCAGAGUUCUUCGAGGGACGGCCAUCUAAAACGCCCGAGAGAUACCUGAAGAUUCGGAACUACAUCCUGGAUCAGUGGCUGAAGGGCAGACCCAAAUACCUGAACAAGACCUCGGUCCGGCCGGGUCUGAAGAACUGCGGGGACGUCAACUGCAUCGGGAGAAUCCACACCUACCUGGAGCUGGUCGGCGCCAUCAACUUCAAUUGCGAGCAAGCAGUGUACAAUCGGCCGAGGGUGGUGGACCGCUGCAAGAACAAGGAGAGUGUGGAUGUGCUGGAAGCCUAUCAGCUGGCCCAGAGGCUGCAAAGUAUGCGGACCAGGAAGCGGCGGGUGCGGGACUUGUGGGGGAACUGGCGCGACCCUAAAGAUUUGGAGGGGCAGACUUACGAGGUUUGCUCUGCACGCACAUCGAAAAAGUGUUUUGUGAAUCUACGCGACUAUCUCCGCUCAUCCGGCGCGUGUGUGUCUGUGUUAGCAUCUCAGCGCCGAGGAGCUGGCGCAGCGCAGGGAGGUGGCCAGGAGGCAGGCCAAGCCAUGCAAGAUGUCACGAUGCCGAGGGUGAGCAGAGCAGCUGACGCAGGCGCCCAGAGUGCACCCAGCAACACUGACCGUGUUCUCAAUCCGCCCGCCAGGUCUUUUGAUCCUUUCCAGCUGAUUCCUUGCCGAUCGUUUGAAGAAGACACGCAGGAACCGUUCAAAGUCAUCGUGUGUGCUGAGACUCUUCUCAUAAUGGACAUGCAUGCCCACGUGUCGAGGGGGGAGGUCAUUGGUCUGCUGGGCGGAACCUUCAAUAAGGAAGCAAAAGUGCUGAAGAUCAGCGCGGCGGAGCCGUGCAACAGCGUGAGCACCGGUCUGCAGUGUGAGAUGGACCCCGUGUCCCAGACGCAGGCCUGCGACCUGCUGUCGUCCCUGGGCCUCAGCGUCGUGGGCUGGUACCACUCGCACCCCUCCUUUCACCCAAACCCGUCGGUGCGAGACAUAACCACGCAGGACCAGUUCCAGAGUUAUUUCUCACGUGGCGGAGCCCCUUUCAUUGGGAUGAUAGUGAGCCCGUAUGAUCCAGCCAACCCCUCCCCUCACUCCCAAAUUACCUGCUUGUUGGUAAAGGAGAGCCAGGAGCCCUCGAGCCUCCACAAGCUGCCUUACAGAUUCAACUUCCUGUCAUCCCAAGACAUUCCAGACUGGGAACAAAUGGUUAGGAGGGUUCAGUGGAUCAUCCACAAAUAUGCUCAAGCCUCUGGGAGUGUGCAGAUGGACAGAUUAUACCGGAGAGACUCCCAUCUCACAUGUUUGGAGAAGAUGCUGAUGUCUAUGGCAAGGCACCUGGAAGCACUGCCAAAUGAGGAGGGAGACCUAUUUCUUACUCAGAUACAGUCCCUCUUCUUCUCAGACUUUAUUUCAAAGCAGCAGUCCCCAGACCAAGAGGAAGGAGAGCCCUUAAAUAUCUCGCCACAGCCCGUAGACUCUGAUGACAUGUGCAACCGCCAAAGUGUGCCGUUGUGGGACAGCGGCUACCAAGCUGGAUGCCCCGCGAAGAAGACGGGCCAUGUGUCCUCCUCAAACACCUUUCAAACGAGCUCUGUUCGGCUGAGAGCCGCGGCGACAGGGUCACCUGCUUUAUUCCGCGUAAAUGGACGCACGGUGUGUUUCCGCGUUGGGACCCACUCCACCGUGCCCGCGCCCCGGGCACCGGCCCUGACACGAUGUGGGGGUCACUUCCACACCUCAGCCCCCAGGAAGGCCUUUCCUGCUCCCCUUAUAUGGAUGGUUCUCAAACCUCUGCAGAAGCUUGCUGCUAUUCUACUGGGAAGGAGUUUGAGGAAGUGGUGGGUGGGCCUACCUGCCAAACGCCGACAGCUUCUCCGCGAAUGGGUCCUGAGGCACAGAUGGUAUCUGGCUGCAGGAACAGGUUUUGCGAUGGUGAUUGUAGCCCUCCUCCUCCUGACGCACCUCGAUGAGUCCCCUGUGACUGGACGGAUCCGGCUCCUGGUGUUCAGCCGAGAGAAGUACAUGGAGCUGGCCAUGCUGACCUCAGAGGCGCACAUAGAGGAGUUUGCAGAGCACCUGCUUCCAGUCACUGACCCCCGUCACCAGAUGGUGGAGCAUUUGGUACAGCUCCUAGCGCAAAGGAACAAGGACAUACCUGAAGUGUCGGAAGUUUCCUGGAGUGUCCACGUUGUGGAUAGUCCGAACGUCAACGCCUUUGUCCUGCCGAACGGGAAAGUGUUCAUGUUUACGGGGAUGCUGGAUGCUGUUGCAGAUAAGGACCAGCUCACCAUUGUCCUGGGGCAUGAAAUGGCACAUGCUAUACUGGAGCACUCUGCAGAACAGGCCAGUUUAUCUCACGUUGUGGACCUCCUGUCUCUUAUUCUGGUGACAGCCAUAUGGGCCAUGUGUCCCGCCGACAGCCUGGCAGUGCUGGGGCAGUGGGCAAAGGACAAACUCACAGAGUUGAUGUUCAAUCGACCGUACAGCCGUAAACUGGAAGCUGAGGCUGAUGAAGUUGGCCUGCAGUUAGCCGCAAAGGCCUGUGCUGAUGUACGAGCGGGCCCGGUGUUUUGGCAGCAGCUGGAGAUUGUUGAUCGACUUACAGGAGAGCCCACUUUGCCUGAAUGGCUGUCCACACACCCAUCACACAGGAACAGGGCCAGCCAGCUGGACCGCCUCGUACCACAGGCUCUGGAGCUGAGGGGGAGCUGUGCUUGCCCCACUCUGCCUCAGACCGACCCCCGUGCGGUCUUCUUGGAGACCGUCCGCAUUUUGCUGGAAAGUAACAAGGAGCGGGCGGGAGCGGGGUCGUAGAGGGCCCCCGAGUCCUCGGUUUCCACGGGGCUGCCUGCAGCGCCGGUUCCCCACACCUUUCUCCUUUCCUCAACAAAUGGUGGAUCGGUUAAGCAAAGGCGGGCUCCGGUCCACUUUACUGCUGCAGGGGGAAGGAGCCAAGCACUUUCUGCAAAACGUCAGCCAACAGGGGAGCCAAAACCUCUCGAUCCUUUAGCAAACAUCAACAACUGCACUUAAAAGGCUGCUCGGGUUCCACCACUAUAGAAGUUGGAACUGGAGGUGGUCAUGCGAUGAGUGGAAGUCGUUGAGACCACGACACGUUAAGCGAAAACAGCAAAAGCAAAAGUAGUAAUCAAAAGUAAAUUAGGAAUUCUGUCCAAGUCUAGCGACUAUAAAAAUGCUGCACUGAUUACAUAACCUUGAGCAGGAAAAAAGCUGACUUAAUUAACAGGCCUUCCAUACGUUCUGGGUUUAAUAUGUGCAUUAUUCAUUGGCACUCGGGAGCAGGUGAGAGUAAGCACUUUUGUGUGCACGUGAGAGGCCGCGUCCAUGGCAGGGUGAGGACAUCUACAUUGUCAUGCGACACACACCUUAUGCACGCCACGAAUGUUUAGCCUGAGGGACAAAAAAGGGGUUGAUUUAUGUGGGGUAUGUUUUAAAAACAUAACCUUCUGCACAAGAAUACCAAUGGCAAGCAUCGAGCUUUAAAAAAAAAAGGAAAGAAGCCUUUCAUGGAACUUUUUAAAAGAUGUAAUUGAAUGCGGGGCGUUUUACAGAGAGAAUAUUGAUAUUUUUUUCAGCAGCAGCAGCCUGUGGGAACAGUCACCAGGCAAAGAGGGGAGGGCAGAUGCAGUUCAAAUAUAACGGGGACAUGGCAUGUGUGCAGGCUGGUGUGGAUUAAAAUGGCCGACUUGGACACACCAUGAAAUCAAAUUUUUACAAGCGUGUUGUCAUUCGUGGUAAAUUGUAUUUUUAUAUGUUUUGCUUUUUAGACGCACGGUCCGUAUCGUCUUACAAACCAGGAGAAAAAGCCUUGCAUUCACCCCGGGAGCUUUGUUGUUCAGAGAUAAUUAAAGCCUUUGUCUGUCGUUAAUGAAGCGGCCUGCGAUUGUGUGUUUUGGCAACACAGUGCCAUGAAAAGCUGGAAGAGUUUUAGUUAUUUUAUUUAGCAACAAAAACAAGUCAUGUCUGCUGUUUUGAAUCAAUUAAAAUACUCAGAC